UCCAAUUCACUGAGGAAUAACAACCAAAAUGUACCGAAAUUGCUUUAUCUGCGUUAUAUUCAUCUUGAACUUCCAAUUAUUUACAGCUGAUGUGCCAUUGUCAUUACUCUACAAUGCAGAUGGUGGUUUAUCUAAUGACUCAGUGAAAUGUACAGGACUUCUAAAAGCAUUUGCUCAUUCCGCUUCCAAUUUGACAAUGUGUUCCAUUAUUUAUGCCAGGCCUGUCCGACUCUGUGAGAAGUGUGUCAAUGAAUAUGUUAAUUUUGUAUUGGAUUUCAAUGAGUUGUUGAGUGCAGAGGAUAAUGGUACAACCUGCAGAUCUUUGUUUAUGUCUCAGGAUAGAUUAGAUGCGGUGCUUGAGUUUCAGACUCACAUAGCGUCUGUUUGGGAUAAAGGAAAUUGUAACAAUUGUUUUGAGUGGGAUGGAAGUAUCCCUACAACUUCCAAUAAUACAAAAAAGUUUGACAAAUUGCACAAUGAAACUAUGGAUUGUAUUGUUGAUAACAUACAUAAAUAUGGGAAUAAUACAGACAAGGUAUGUGAGAACUGUAUGCAACUGUAUGUAGAACUGGAUGAGUUCUACAAGUCACUCAGUCCUGAUGGCAUUGGCGUUAAUAGUGUUUGUAUGGAUGUGGUGGACUUGAUGAAUACUACAAGGUCAGUGUGGAGUAAAGACCUGGACUGCUGCAAGUUAAGAAGGGCUCCAGAAAUAGUAUUCUUGUGUUGUUCUGCUAUUAUAUCAGCGCUGCCUGUACUCUUCUACCUAGCCAUGAGAUAUUGUGGACCAAUUCGGGACUUGCCUAAUGUUCUGAAACAAUCCAGAUUCAAGCAGACAUUCAUGAGGUCUAGUACUGGGAGGAUUAAUUAACACUUUCACUGCCAACAACCUGCU